CGACGACGACGACGACGACGACGACGGCGUAGACAGUACUGACGACGUCGACGUCUCCGCCGGCAUCAGUUCCAUCUUUUCAUCGCUGCUUAAUCGUAUUUUCUAUCGCUCUCUCAGUCCACAUCAUGAGUCUCAGAGGUGGUCCAGAUAGACGUCGUGGUGGCUAUGACAGAGGCCGUGGCGACAACUUUGGAGGGCGAGGCGGCAGAGGUGCUCCAGGUUUCAACAGAGGACUCGCUCGAGGUGGAUUCAGUGGCCCCAACAUCUACAAGGAAAAUGUUCCAGCACAGAUACCCGACUGCCUGACACCAGAGAACCAGGAUAAGCUUAUCGGUGCCCUUCGAAAGGUACCACCCAAGCCAGAACGUCCAACACGGCCUGGCUUUGGUACCUUGGGGAAGCCCGUCGUUUUGCGUGCUAAUUUUUUUGUAGUGAAGCUUCCUGAGGGCCCUCUCUUUGAGUACGAAAUCAAAAUAGAGCCAGCUACUCGUUUGAAGGAGCGCAAGGACCGUAUUUUCUGGCUGCUUGAGCGCCGCCCUGAGGUACGGCCUCAGCUGGGCUCUAUUGCUCACGAUAGAGGUACGCGCCUUGUGUCGGCCAAUAAAUUGCCCAAUUUGCGCGUGGAAAUACCGUUCUACGAAGAGGGCCAGAAUGGACCUCCACCUAACACCAUCACAUAUACCGUUUCCGUCGUCUUCAAGGGCGACCUGAACUUCAGUGAACUCUCCAAGUACCUCAACGCUGACAAGGAACACAGGGAUUACGAUCCAUUACCCAUCAUCUCUGCUCUCAAUUUAGUAAUGCAGCAGAACGCUCUGCACACGGGCGUGCGUAUCGGGCAGAACAAGUAUUACUUUCAGCCUCCUCCUGGUCAACGCAAGGUUCUCGGACCAGGCAUCGAGGCAUGGAGAGGGUAUUUUCUCUCUGUUCGGCCGGCUUAUCAGCAGCUGAUGGUCAACAUAAAUGUCUGUAUGGCGCCGUUCGUCGAGCCGGGUAAUCUCGCGGAUGUUCUUGAGUCGUUCAAUCGGAAUUCUUCGGGGGGAAUGCCAACGCUUCCCAAGGCGCUUGCCAGAAGCAUCAAGGUCGUUACUACCCAUCUUGGAUAUAAACGUCACUACAAGCUCUGGGAGAUUGGCCUCAAAUCUGCCCGGGACACCACUUUUCCCUGCGAAGAAUUUGGAAAGAAGGAUAUGUCGGUCAAGGAUUUCUUCAAGAAAAAGUAUGACAUUUCUCUGCAUCAUGCAACUGACCUCCCAGUGGUCAAUGUCGGGAGUGUCAAGAGACCAAUAUGGCUACCCGCCGAAAUAUGCAGGAUCGAAGCCGGGAAUCCGUAUCGAGGACGGCUAGGCGAUCAAGAAGUGGCCCAGAUGAUUCGAUACGCGUGUAACCCCCCGCGCGUUAAUGCAGAGUUUAUCGUCGACGAGGGGUUCAAAAAGUUAUCCCUCUCACCUCCUCAGCCGCCCGUCAACAUGUUUGGCCUCUCCAUCGACCAGGAAAUGGCCGUCAUCCCUGGCCGCGAGCUUCCCCCUCCGACAUUGUCGUACCGCCAGGGAAGUCCGAGGGUGACCAAUGGUUCAUGGAACAUCCUUGACACCACGUUCCACCGCGGUGCGACCGUCAAUGGAUUCUGGGUCCUCCCAAUACGAGAACGGAUGCAUGAUAAAUAUCCUUCUCCGCAGGACAUCAAGCCGUUGAUCAUGGCGUUCUCGAAGAAGCUGCAGUCGGCUGGGAUGAAUGGACCGGCGGGAAUGCUACGAUUGUUGAGGGAAUUGCCGCCAUUGGCUCCUGUGCGUGAGGAUCCAGGGAGGGUGAACUCAUUGAAUCUCAUCAGGUCGUGUUUGCGGCAUGCGAUGCAAACGGGUCCCAGGCCGAGUUUUGUGUUGGUGUUGUUGAUGUAUAGGGACAAUUUCAUUUAUCCUGGUGUCAAGCGAAUCGGAGACUGUGAGCUAGGGUUGCAGACGAUUACGAUGCAGCUCGACAAAGCGAUGAGAAAAAAAAAACAGGAUCAAUAUCUCUCGAAUAUCGCCUUGAAGGUGAAUACGAAGCUUGGGGGGAUCAACCACAAGCUGGAUGAUCAAGCCAUGAGGUGGUUGCGCAAGAAGAAGACGAUGAUGGUGGGGAUCGAUGUUACCCACCCUGCUCCGGAGACGAGAUUUGGCACUCCAUCGAUCGCGGCGAUCGUGGCGAGCGUGGAUGAUGAUUUCGUCCAGUUCCCAGCGAGCAUGAGGAUCCAGAGGCCUGAUACUAAUAAGCACUCCAAAGAGGUCGUCGAGGAGCUACAGCAUAUGAUGCAUGAGCGUCUGUUGGUGUACAAGAAGAAGAACAAGGCGUUGCCGGAGAGGAUUCUCGUGUUCCGGGAUGGUGUCUCUGAGGGCCAAUAUGAUAUCGUCAUUCGGGAGGAGGUCGUACAGAUCAAGGAGGCUGCGAAGAGACUGAAUACCAAGGAUGGGAAGGCUUACAAACCGCUUGUAUCUGUCAUUAUAUGCGGGAAGCGCCAUCAUUCUAGGUUCUACCCUACAGGUGGUGCGAAUGCAGACAAGAACGGCAACACGAAACCUGGGACGGUGGUUGACAAGGGGAUUACUGGAGUAUUUGAUUACGAUUUCUAUCUGCAAGCGCACGCUGGUCUGCAGGGCACGGUGAAGCCGACGCAUUACGUUGUCAUCUACGAUGAGAACAGCCUUGAUGUGGAUGAGCUCCAGAAGGGAACGAACAAUACUAGUUAUUUGUAUGCGCGGGCGACGAAGGCUGUUAGUCUGAUUCCGGCGGCCUAUUAUGCGGAUCUGGCGUGCGAGAGGGGAAGGUGCUACCUAAAUGAAAUCUUGUCCGGUGAUAACUCGACUGUUUCAGGGUCGCUUAGUCGGGAUGAGGAGGCGGCGAAAGUUUUCCAGGCUGCGGAGAAGGCUUGGGGUAAAGGGCUUCAUGAUGAUAUCAAGGAGAGUAUGUUUUAUAUCUAAAGGAGGGGUUUGCUUGUUUACUAUCUAUUUGCUUUUGUGCUGCCUUUUUGUAACACUGCAUCUAAUUUGGAUGAGAUCAUUACUAUUCAGACCCUGGCAGCAUCAAAGAUAGUGUGAAAAGGAGGGUCUCUGUUAGACAUAGGAAUAGUAUGAUACAAACACAUUCACUUAUCUAUUUGAUAUUCUUUUCUUUUUUGGUAUGACACACUGUUCUGCACUUCUCAGCUUUCAACCACAAUGCUGAGAUGUGAGUACUCUUUAUAUCUACUUCUGUCUUACUGUAUUUACUCAUUAUCUAUAUAGUAAUGUUAUGACAUUCUAU